AUGGCCCCGGUAUGGCGCUGCCGGUGGGCGCUGCUGGUGGCCUGGCUGCCGGCAGCUUGUCUCUCCCUCCUGGUGACGGUGCAGGAUGCUGAACGUUAUACCACCUUAUUUGCCAGUAUCAUCCUCAAGUGUGACUACAGCACCUCAGCUCAGCUGCAGGAUGUGGUGGUGACUUGGCGUUUCAAAUCCUUCUGCAAGGAUCCCAUCUUUGACUACUACUCAGCCUCAUACCAGGCUGGUUUAACUCUUGGCCAGGACCCAUCCAAUGACUGCAAUGACAGCCAGCGGAAGGUGCGCAUUGUCAUCCAGAAAUAUGGACAGAAGGAGCCCAUACUGGGUGUCGACUACCAGCAGCGAAAAAUCACCAUUCAGAACCGAGCAGAUCUUGUCAUCACUGAGGUCAUGUGGUGGGACCAUGGCGUGUACUACUGCACUGUGGAAGCACCAGGAGAUACCUCAGGCGAUGCCGACAAAGAAGUUAAGCUGAUUGUUCUCCACUGGCUCACAGUACUCCUCAUCAUUCUCGGUGGCCUCCUUCUCCUUCUGUUGAUUGGAGUAUGCUGGUGCCAGUGCUGCCCCCAGUAUUGCUGCUGCCACAUCCCAUGUGUCUGCUGCCCAAAACGGUGCUGCUGUAAUGAGGAAGUACUGGAACGGCAUCGGUUCAUGAAGCAAGCUCAGGCACUUGCACCUUGGCUGUCACCCAACAUGUUCUACAGAGGUAGCGACAGGAACUCACAACUUUCCUCUUACCAGCUGAACCCUCUACUGCAAAAAGAUGUGUCUCUGCAGAACAGUCUUCCACUGGUGCAGCCACAAGCUCAGCUUUCCCCGAACAAGGGUGUUUUGGAUUACUUGGAGUCUGAAAUCCAAAACAUGAACAUGUCACAACUCCGGCCAUCUUCCCACCAGCAACAGGCUGUGCAGCCGAGCUUGCUGUCGUCCCUGAGCUCAGAAAUCAUGCCACCUCCUCUCACUGAUCACAUCUCCUCCAUCCAUGGAAGCAGCAACUCUUCACAGCCACAGAGAGCUGCCCGCAACCCCAGGCCCCGGGACUUUGCAGCAGAGGACAGGAGGGAGAACCGGAGGUGGCCCUUGCCUUCCAGUGGGGAUUCUCAUUCCAGCUACAGCCGGGAUCCCUGGGACAGGCAGCGGGAAGACCAUACUCAGAGGCAGAGGACAGAUGGCUACAAGGGCAGGCCCCAGCACUCUAGACGGGAUGUAUCACCCCCACGCCAGGCUGAGAGGGGCAAGAGCAGCAGCAGCAGUGGCAGUUUCUAUCCAGAAGAGGCCAAGGAACGCUCCAACCACCAUCGUGGUUGGAGACAGGAGCCUGCAGAGAGGCAAGAAUACCAGCACCAUACCAGGAGGAGCAAUCACUCAGGUCAGAUGCAGCACAGCUACUCUCCCCCUUCUCGCCGGGGCUCAUGGAGCUCCUCAGAAGGGCAAGUUCGUCUCCCAGCAACAAACCGCAAGCGGCGGCACCGGUCUCGGGAAUGGCCGGAAGAUAAACCCCCCAGUUACCGCUCCUUAGAGAUCAUCCCAGGUCCGGACAAGAAGCACAAAGGCCGUGCAGAGCCGCGCUCGGACAGAGGAAGUUCCCACAGUGGAAGAAGUAUAGUCAUUUAA